CACCUCUAUUUGUCAAAGUGUAAAAUAAGUGAAAACAAGGGAAGUUGUUUGCACCAACCCAUAAAUUUUCUGGAUAUUUUCCAUAAAUAUAAUUUAAAUUGAUACAAUAUCAACGCUAAGAAUGUUCUUUCCAUCGAUCACAACAAUUUUGGGCGUAGCAUUUAUGGCUUACAUAGCCCAUUCAAUGUGGGUCAUGGCGCAGUUGUUCACUACUCUACAAUGCUCCGGUCAGCCGUGCUUUACAUCGUUCCUUAGUGAGAAGCCACGAAUGCAAUUAGCUCUAUUCACAUCCACUAACUCCAAUCCCAUAUCAACUGAGGUGUCAACAAUCUUUAGCACCAAAAACUUGGACUAUAUGCAACCAUUUCAAAAUGAUUUCCAAAUUGAUGUUCCAUUGAAAACCCGGCGAAACGGAAGUCUUUACUUACAGGCGACGAAAUGCAUUUGA